AUGGACGGUCUCUAUUCAAAUGAUCAAGAUAAACAUUCGUUUUAUUCAUGUUCAAACGGUAUUGCAUAUUUGAUUCAAUGUCAAUCAAAUUUGAUAUUUAAUCAAAAUAUUCUUGCGUGUGACUGGGACAAUGGUGGUGAUAAUGACAAACAUUGUUUGGAUUCAAAUUUAAUUAAAUUUGAAAAUGCAUCGACGUAUGCUAAGAUCCCGAACGGUUAUCAUGGUUUAAAAUGGACGAAUGUUUAUGUACUUGAUACACAAAUAUAUCCACAAUGGUCCGAAAGUGGCUUUUAUUCGGCUUUAGAAUCAGGCACAUGGGUAGCAUUUAACUUGAAUGGUGAACGAAUGACAAUUAGCAUAGAUGCACCGUAUAAAUUUAGUAUAAAGUCAUUUGUUGUCUCAUCAGCAUGGAAUGAUAAUGUAAUGCUAUCACUGGUUUCGCAACGUGCAUCCACAUAUUAUAGAGAAGCUUCAUUUAAAAUAGAAAAAAAUUAUUCAACUCUAAUUGAAUUAAACUGGAUUGAUAUUGAUACAAUUACAUUUUUUGCAACAACUAAUGAUAGCCGAAAUGGGGAAGUUUUUGUUAUCGAUGAUUUAUGUCUCGAUUUAACUACUACUGCAACCUCAACAUCAGUAACAACUGGAAUAAUACAUCAAUGUCCAUCAAAUGAAGUUUUAUACCAAAAUCAUUGUUAUUAUCUGGACGGUAUAGGAGGACAAUGUGCGUAUGGUUAUAGCCUUGGAUCAGAAACAGUUUUAUCUCGUAUAGCUGAUUUAUUUAUUGGUUUAAAUUAUAGAACAGCGAUUUCGGAUAAUUGUUGCGUCGUAACAUCUGAGAAAUAUUUAAAUUUUGGAAUUGCUAAAUUACAUCAAUGUAAUAAACGAGGACCAUUCACAACUGUGCCCGUUCUCAAUGGUGGUGGAUGUACAAAUUAUACAAAUAAACAUCCAAAACAAUUAACAUUUUGUGUUAGUCAUUGA